AUUUUCAAUCAUCAAGCAAUUAUUAAUAUACCUACCAAUAAAAAUUUCAAGUACCUAACACAUCACAACCACCAUGCCCUGCAAUAGAAAAUGCGAGCUGGAAUGCUGCGGUAAAAAUCACGCCCAUCCCGCGAAAGUAAGGCAACUCGAAUGCAAAUUCAAGAAAUUCCAAUUCGCAACAUCGGACUCCCUGUUAAAGAAGUACCUAACGUCGAAACUGUUUGAAGAACUGAAAUGGAAGAAGACCAACUAUCUAAUGACGCUUCUGGACUGCGUUCUAACAGGAUUCGAGAACCCGGAUUCCUCCAUGGGGGUAUACGCCGGCUGUCCGGAAUGCUACGACCUAUUCGGCGACUUGUUCGACGAAUUAAUCCGCGAGUACCACGGAGAUUUCAAAAAAUCCGCCGUCCACCCGCCGAUGGACUGGGGCGAGCCCGGCCAACUCCAAGACCUCGACCCCGAAGGGAAAUACAUCAUAUCGACCAGAGUAAGAACGGCUAGAUCGUUGAAAGGCUACCCGUUCAACCCAGGUUUAAGCUACGAGGAAUACUUGGAAAUCGAAGAGAAAAUCGUCAACGCCGUAACGGAAUUAACCGACGACCUGAAAGGCCAGUACGUGGGUCUCCGGGAUAUGACUCCCGACGAGAUAGACCUAAUGGUGGACUCGCACGUGCUGUACAAAGAAAGCGAUAGAUUCCUAAACGCUGCCAACGCUUACAGAUACUGGCCGGCGGGCAGGGGGUACUUCUACAACGAGGACAAAACCUUUAUAGUGUGGGUGAACGAAGAGGACCACAUGCGCGUCAUAUCCAUGCAGGAAGGCGGCAACUUGGGCGAGAUAUACGACAGACUGGCCAAGGCCAUUCAACAGCUCGACGAGAAAUUGGAAUUCGAACGGCACGAGCGUUUGGGAUUUUUGAGCAUGUGUCCGACCAAUGUGGGCACCGGCAUCAGGGCUUCAGUGCACAUCAAACUGCCCAAUUUGGCCGAGGAUAUGGGCAGCUUGGAGAAAAUCGCCGAGGAGUUGCAUUUGCAAAUUAGAGGCAGCGGGGGCGAGCACACUGCUUCUGUGGGUGGUAUAUUAGAUGUUUCUAAUAAAAGGCGCUUGGGACUCACGGAGAGAGAGGUCAUCCAGGAAAUGAACGAUGGUGUACUGGAGCUUAUCCGAUUAGAAGGCUCUAAAUAACGAUAUUUAUGAUGUAAUCAGUUUUUUUUUCGAGUAUUAAAACAAGAAAUAUAUGCGUGGGUAUAUAACAUGGUUUUAAUAAAUUC